ACAACCAAUUGCAAGAUGGCUGUGAACUUCACCGGAAACUGGAAGCAUGUCGAGUCGGAGAACUUCGACGACUAUCUGAAGGCCAUGGGUAUUAACUUUGCCAUGAGAAAGAUCGCGAAUGGUAUCACCCCGAAGUUGGAGAUCCAACAAGAUGGCGACAGCUUCAAGGUCAAGACCAUCGGCGCCAAGACCAAGGAGGUCAGCUUCAAGGUCGGGGAGGCGUUCGAGGACGAGAUGCAAGUCGGCAAAGUCAAGGUUGUGCCUAGUCUAGUGGACGGCAAGCUACAUUUCGACAUCGAGGGGCCGAAGCAGAAGCUGGUGAUCGAACGAGAAAUCCGGUCUGACGGAAGGUUGUACCAGGUGAUGAAGGCAGGAGACGGGACCACCUGCACCAGGAUCUUCGCCAAAGAGUAACCAUGGGGACCUGUUACCAUGGCAACCCGUCACAAGGACAGCGGACGUAAACUUGCUAGAUAGCAACAUGUAGCAACUGGAAACAUUUUGUAACUGCAGUAACCAUAGCAACUAGUAAUGUGGACAUGUCUUUUUUUCGUAAGGUGUAGGCAGCCUAUUUCGGUUUCUCGUAAUUCGUAGGGAAAUCCAAAUCGUCUUCUUCACGCAAUUGGUAGCUAGGUGAUCAAACUACACGUAACUUCCUCCCUUCAUUUUAGCGCAAUACGUAGAAGGUUCUUCUGAAUUUUUGGUAAAGAGUUGUCGGGACCCCAUACAGACCAUCACGUAGUAACCAAGAUCGCAACCACGGUUACUCUCCAAGCAGACGUUGGACUCCAGCUCCAACUUCUUUAAAAGUCACUUUUAUAUCAGGUUUUCUAUUUUGUAUUUUUUGUUGUUGUUCACCAGGGAAACUAACUAUGAAAAAAUGCUUUACUGAAGACGUCAAAGACAGGCCUGGACCUAACCUCUUCUUGGAGAGUAGCCAAAGUAAGAUUAAACUCAAUAAAAAACAACUAGCAAACUAGACUCAUAGACAGUUAGAAACCAUGGCAACUACUAACACAGGGAACAGCAUGGGUGGUUAGCGGUAUGAAAGUGUGGCAGCUUUACUUACGAUACUCUUGCAGAUAGCGCUGGAUUUGUGCAGUUCAUGACGGCAAAUAAAAUCCACUUCAAUCUUA